AAACAAAACUCACUUACCAAUCUCAUCCCUACACAAACACACACACCCAGGGUGGUGGCAUAGCCUCUAGGACUGUCUGAGCUAGUCUGUCCACGCCCGUAUCUGUUCAAACACCUGUCAGCUUGUCACACAGCCAGUCACACUCCCUCUCUCUCCGUUCACACACAGACCUAGCAAUCUUUUACCUAUACUUUUGUCUCUCACCUGCUCUCACUCUACCUGUGUGGGAUUCUCUACAGUUUGGGAGACCGUCUGUGGAUACAGUAUCCAGUGAAAGGAGUCCAUGGAGGAAUCAUAGGAACCAGAUUGGGAGCCAGUGGAGGAAUCAUAGGAACCAGAUUGGGAGCCAGUGGAGGAAUCAUAGGAACCAGAUUGGGAGCCAGUGGAGGAAUCAUAGGAACCAGAUUGGGAGCCAGUGGAGGAAUCAUAGGAACCAGAUUGGGAGCCAGUGGAGGAAUCAUAGGAACCAGAUUACAAACGACCCGACUAUGUCAAAAGAGGGGGACAGAACAUCAGUGUUGAAGACCUCUAAGGUUCGGACCAAGCUGAAGGGAGAUGCCAGCUGGAUGCAGAGACUCAGUGAACCUCAGUCUGAAACAGAGGAGAAACCAUGGAUGGCAGAAGUUAGAGUGAAUCGACUGAAUGGAGCCCCUAUAGACACCAGCCAAGUGGCCUCGCCCACAUCCAAGAACCCUCCCUCCCCCACCAGACCUGCAGAAGACGGAGGGUUUUUCACCAAGACAGACACCAAGCCUGCUGCCACCUCAUCUACAUCCAAUGGCUUCAGUGGAUCAACAUCCAGCUUCACCAAGAGGCCUUCAGAGAGCUACAAGAGAAUAGCUCCUCACACAGUGCGUCCCACCUCAAACCUCCCAGUUCAAGCUGAGGACCAGCUUUCUCCAGAGGAGAAGGAGAAACGGGAGGAAGCAGCCAUGAACGUGCUCAAGACCUCUUCAGUCCGACAACGCUCCUAUGUCCUCUCAACCGCCAAUAAAUAUGAUUGUACUGACAAACCACCAGAAAUCUCCCUGACCACAGAUGUUCCAUCUUUUGUGGCUAAAAGGGUGGUGAUCACAGACAAUGAUGACUCUGUCUUCACUGAGACUCCCUCUGUCCCCAAAGAACCAGCUGCACCAUCUGUGAAAGACGUCCCUCCUGUAUGUGUGAAAGAUGUCUCUCCUGUGUCUGUGAAAGAUGUCUCUCCUGUAUCUGUGAAAGACGUCUCUCCUGUAUGUGUGAAAGAUGUCUCUCCUGUAUGUGUGAAAGAUGUCUCUCCUGUGUCUGUGAAAGAUGUCUCUCCUGUAUCUGUGAAAGACGUCCCUCCUGUAUGUGUGAAAGAUGUCUCUCCUGUAUGUGUGAAAGAUGUCUCUCCUGUGUCUGUGAAAGAUGUCUCUCCUGUGUCUGUGAAAGAUGUCUCUCCUGUAUCUGUGAAAUAUGUCUCUCCUGUAUGUGUGAAAGAUGUCUCUCCUGUAUCUGUGAAAGAUGUCUCUCCUGUUUGUGUGAAAGAUGUCUCUCCUGUAUCUGUGAAAGAUGUCUCUCCUGUUUGUGUGAAAGACGUCCCUUCUGUAUGUGUGGAGGACAUCCAUGUAUGUGUGAAAGACGUCCUCCUUCCAACCCCCGUCAUAGUUGACACCCCAGCAGUGAUUGACCCUUAUGAGGGCAUGAAGCCAGGGCGUACCAAAGUAGCCACUGAGCUGUCCCCAGAGAGUAGUGUCCUGUUGAAAGUAGUCUCCCCAGUGUCCCCUGUUCCAUACAAACCAGUGAAGUCAGAUCCUGCCCCAGUGGACACUCUGACAGCCCUGUCUGACACGCUCAUCUCCUUCGACACAGGUUCAUCAAGCUCCAAAGUUCCUGACCCAGUAUGGACAGAGACAGCAGAGCCAGAGGACAGAUUGCAUGGUGAGCCAAUCCCUCAGCUCAUGGUUGAUGAUCUCCUUUCUCUCACUAACGGGUCAUCUGACAGUGAUUCACCAUGGGAUAGAUGGAGUGCACCAACUGUCUAUAAAGAGAAGGAGGACAGUUCUAGCUCAUUCUCCAGGACCUUGGACAGCUCUGCCAACCAGAGACCCAAGUCACCAGACACUGAUUCCAAGAAGUGUUUUGUGUAUCUGAAGGAGUAUGUGGACGUUACAGAUCUAACCAAGCACAACACUAGAGACAACGAUCCUGACCAUGUAACGUCUAGUUCUACCAACCAUUCCUACAGUAGCCCCUCCUUUUACACCAGGUCUACCAUGACGUCUGCCUGUACGUACUGUGGAGAGCAGGUGGGCAACGAUGCCAAGAUCACCAUCGAGCACCUCAACAUCUCCUGCCACCCGGCCUGCUUCAAGUGUGGUGUUUGCAGUAAGCCAAUGGGAGACUUUCUGUUCAACAUGUUCCUGCACAAAGGGAAAGUCCACUGUGAGAGCUGCUACGCCAACGUCUUGUAGGAUGCUUCUUUUCCUUGUCUCCUCGUCUCUUUUCCUUCAUGGCCACUGAGAGGUGACAAUACUGGAUGGCUGAUAUAACUACUCUUUCCCAUCAAGACCUGUCGUCUGGUAAUAGACAAGGACACUGCACCUUGAGUUUGACAUGAAUUUCCAUGUGUGAGAUUUUGUUUUCAUACCUUUGUAUGGAUCCUACUGAAUUGCAUGAGGUUAACACUGGAACUCUAUGGCAGGUAUUCUAUGGUUUAAAGAGAAUAAUAUGAUAAAAUUACUGAUAUUGUCUUCCGUCCAUUUGAAUGAACACAUUUUUUGUCUUUUUUUUCUCCUUAAAGGACCAGUGCAGUCAAAAAGCUUGAUUUUCCUGUGUUUGACAUAUAAUGUAUUUCUACGCUAUGAGGUCGGAAUAAUUGUAACGUGUGUGGAGGACCAAGACGCAACAGGGAAGUGUAUAAUCAUCUUCUCUUUUUAAUAUAUAAGAAGGAGAAACAAAAUAAACACAUAUACAAUUAACAGAAACGACACUAACAGUUCUGUCAGGUGACAAGCACAAAAGAGAAUACAACUACCCACAAUCCACAAUACAAACACACCCCUAAUUAUAGGACCUUCAAUCAGAGGCAACGAUAGACAGCUGCCUCCAACUGAAGGCCCCAACACCAAUGAACUAAACAUAGAAAUACAAAUGACUAGGCAGAACAUAGAAAUAAACUAACAUAGAACAAUAACCAAAACCCUGGACUAAUAAAUCAAAUACCCCUCUCUACAUGGACACAUACACACAACCACCCUGAACCACAUAAAACAAAUACCCCCUGCCACGUCCUGACCAAACUAAACACUAACAAAUAACACCUUUACAGGUCAGAACGUGACAAUAAUACUGCGAAAUUGGGAAAAUUAUGAUAAUUCCCUUUAAGUGUGUAAGCUCUGUUUGAAAAGACCGCCAGAAAUGUCUGCUUGUUUUAGUGGGAGGAGUUUUGGCCAGCCUGGCGGCGUCACCAGGUGGUAUGCGAAUAUCAACUAGUUCUCAUCAUACAUAUCCUUCCCAUUAGGCUCGUCCAGUUAGGACUCUCACUCAGGCCUAGCAAAAUAAUUUUUUGAGAAAUUGCUCUUUGCUUAGAAGCUAUUUUUGUUUCUUUUUGACCAUUUUAAUUGAAAAUAAUCACAGCGAGGUAAUUAAUUACCCAGAAAUUGUUUGAUAUUGAGAUAAAAACGGCUGCAUUGGACCUUUAAUGUCAUAACUUUGUGAAUUUAUUGUGAAAUAUGUAGGAACUGUAUGUAAAAGUCUCUAAAUAUUAUUAUGUAAUGACACGAUUUAACUGGGAACUGGCUAUGUAGAUUAGCAGUUGGGUACAAUUUCCUAAUUCCAUGCUUGACUAUGCAAAGUAAAUAACUCUAUAUGUUUUUUUUUCAAUUUUCAUUUUUAAUUGUCUGAUGCCUUUUCCUCACAAUAAACAAUAAAAACAGAUUUACAUAAACAUUA